UCGAUCAUUACUGUCCUCUUUCCGUUCCGCUUUCUUCCGGUCCGACCCUCUUCUCCCUCCGGUGCCUCCUCAGUCUGCGGCUCCACGUGUGGAUUUAAUUCCGGUUUUCAUCUUUAACUUUCACCGUGAAAACAAACUAGGGUCCAGAUGUCGUCGCCUUUCGAGCAGAUGCGGGUGAACGUGGGGGAGCUCCUCCGGGGGAUCGACCGGUACAACCCAGAGAACCUGGCGACGCUGGAACGUUACGUGGAGACGCAAGCGAAGGAGAACACCUACGACCUGGAGGCCAACCUGGCCGUCCUGAAGCUGUACCAGUUUAACCCCGCCUACUUCCAGACGCAGGUGACGUCACAGAUUCUGCUGAAGGCUCUGACCAACCUGCCGCACACCGACUUCACUCUGUGCAAGUGCAUGAUCGACCAGACACACCAGCAAGAGGAACGUCCCAUCAGACAGAUCCUCUACCUGGGGAACCUGCUGGAGACGUGUCACUUCCAGAGCUUCUGGGUACGUCCCCCACACACACACACACACACACACACACACACACAGAGUACUGUACCUCCUCGUUCAGUCCCUCCUCUCUUUUCCUCACAUCUGUAACUUCCUGCUCUCACC